CUCAUACCAUAACUCGAAAAGUAGUGGAGCGAUUUUGUUCAUAUUUGGUAUGUGAAUACUAUAAGCAUGGCAUACUGUCCUAUGACACUUUUGGUAGAAGGUGGCCAUUUUGAAAAAUGGCCGCCAUUUUAACGUAUUUUACUAUAACUCGAAAAGUAGGGAAGCACUUUUGUUCAUAUUUGGUAUGUGAAUACUAUAAGCAUGGCACAUUGUCCUAUGACACUUUUGGUAGAAGGCGGCCAUUUUGAAAAAAUUUUGAAAAAUGGAAGUACAUGUGUGCGAUUUUUCAAAAAUUUUAUAGGUGGCUACUAAAAGCAUAUUAUUUCUUCUGUUGACAACUUGGCUAACCAUUUUGAAAAUGAUGGCCUUUCUGGUGUGUUGUUUUAUGAUAUUUGCUAUAUAUUUCGUUUGUAAAAAUGCCAGCCAUUUCUGUUCGAUGGGAUUCGCUACGCUUUGGCGUUGCCGUUGUUCUGGUUCAACAAUGAACUACAAUGUCAAUGAACAACUGGAAGAUGGACAAAUUCCUGACUUUUCAAGUCAACUUCAAAGGGAUAGUUCGAAUUUGCUGCAAGGGAACAUUUUCUCUGGCGAGGAAAAUCCAACUCCGGGUAGCAUGCCAUCCCACACCAUCACCAGCGGCAUAGACAUUGACAACAACAUCAACAGUGACUUCAUGAAUCGUGGGCUCAUUCCACCAGGAAAUGAGGGGCAUGAUAUGAACUCACAAGGGAAGGACUUGACUUGCCAGUCAAAUUUCAACCCUAUUUUGGAUACUCGUGAUUCUGGGCUCACCUCCCUACCCGGGACUGAGGUGCAGGACACAUCCAACUUUCAACAUCAGCACCCUACAACAGGGAGAGACUUCAUACAGUCUAAUAGUCUGAAUUCAAUAGGAUUCAGAGCAACAAACACUUUACCAUCUAAGAGGUUUUCAAAAUCUCAACAACAACAACACUCCGAACUGCGGACCUAUCAAAAUCAACAACCAGGGCUAGCCUCAAGUAUAUCGCCAGAUAUGGUCCAAGAUAUUAUCAAAGGACUGACUCCAACUCUUGAAUUGCUCGUAGCAAACAAACAACUUGACGUUGAACUUCUAGGUGAAACAACCAACAGAAGCAGGUCCGCUAAAAGAAGGGAGGUACAAAGAGCGAAAAAGCGAACUGUUUCGCCGUCUAGUCUACAGUAUGUUUCCCCGGACCGGGCAUCUAGCCCCAAACGGGCAAGAAGUGAUCAUCCCUACAGUGAAGUGGACUCGCCCGUGACCUCUCCUGCGCACAUGCGCCGUGACAGCAAUAACCCGGAAGACUCGGAUUCUUCCAAUUCCGACAACGAUCAUGACUUAAUUUGUUGGAAGAACUGUGUUAAACUAAUUAAAAAUGCCUUUCCGAGUCAUUUUAAAACAACUACAGACUAUAACACAGAAACACAAACGGAAAAUAGACCGCUAGGACUUCAAACUUUGGGUAAGAAAUCUACUUCUUCAGACACAACAAAAGGCUUACCGAUCGGGCCUUCAGUGCUACAGAAUUUCGCCAACAUUAACCAGGAAUUAGCCAACAAGAAAAACAUGAAUGACACUAACUUCCUGUUAAGACCAAAACGAUCGUUCACGUCCCUCAAAGAAGAUGAACACUUCUAUAAAAAAUCCAUUUUGAAUGGGACAACUAAGGAACUUGUUCCACAUUCCAUGAAACUAUCAGAUUUGGCUUCAACUUCUUACCAGCUUCCAGCCAAACAUCACAAACUGUUGGAAGAAUCAGCGAGAGCUCCUCUUCGUCAUCUGUCUCACACUGAAUGGAUUCUAGGGACAACAGGGAAAAUCAUUGCGGAGAAUUUCCCUGAAAAUGAGGAUCUCGUCAAUCUUAUUACAACAGCUUCAACUAUGGUAAAUAAAGCUACAAGGGACACCAUAUCAAAUGUCACAAACGUCAUACUGACUCAAAGGGACAGGGUAAGCUCCAAGUUCAGGAAGUCAGACGCUGAAGCCCUUAGGAAUCUCCCCAUCGACACCAAAUUUUUAUUUCCUGAAGAGGAUUUAAAAAAUAUCUGUGAAGGGUCGGAUAAAUCUAAAACCUCAAAAGCGCUACAAGAUUUAGCUUCAAACUGGAAAAAUCGAAAACAGAAUUAUGAUAAAUCCAGUAAUAACAACU